AUUUGAAAUGUUCUUUAGGGCGGCUUCUUGUGUCGGAAUUCAUCAUAGAAAAUGCUAGCCAAAGCUUGUCCUUUCCUUUUCUGUAUUUUCACUCUAUUAGUGAUUAUACAGGCCCAGUCGUUUGAUGAUCAAACUUUGCAGACGUAUUUCAAAUGCUAUAACUACGCUACCUGCGAAACAGAUGGACCAGAUCAUCAAAGACAACAUAACUGCAUCUUCCAGAACGCAACAUUACAGGACUUGCAAGAUCUCUUUGAAUACGUUGAGGAUAAUGGAUACUUCCAGUAUAAGAGUAAAACAGAACCAGAAGCAGUGAAAGAAUAUUGUACUUAUCAAGGUCACAAACAAAAAAAAGCCUUCGACCAAACAUUAAAAGGAGUUUUUGCCUUCAAAAAUUCAAUUUGCAGCAAGUCUGAUAAGCAAGAUGAAUGCAACAGAGUUUCAAAAGGAUUGAGCUGCAUUUUCCCUAUUCUGGAUGAUUAUCACUCCCAAGGUAAAUGCUGAGCAAGGUCGUGAGACUUUUCAAGCAAAUGAUGAAAUAAACUGAAUUUUCACUCAUGUUUCAUACAGACGAAAUAGCCUCAUAUUAUUAUUAUUGUAAUUUAUAAAUAAGAUGUUCUUAUAAGAUGCAGAUGUUACUUUGAGACUAAGGAAAAAAUGUAAAAAAAAAAAUGUCGGUCAUCUUUAGAAUUCUAAUUGAAAUUUGUAGUAAAAUGGAAUAAAUUUGAUCAGAAUGCUA